AUUCAGACAUUGAAGGGUACUGGAUUUGUUUACAUUUCCAAAACUAAUGACCCUUAGGGAUUCAUGUCAUAUCAUAUGUAGAUUCAAAUUCAGCAGCAUUUGACCUGCUAAUUUUUGUUUUGAACAAAGUGCUUGAUCAAUUUGGCCGUUUCAAGUCAUUAAAAAGGUGUAGUAAUUAGACAGUAUGUACUGGAACAACCUUCCAUACAUAUAUCAAGUUAGUUUGUUUGUUUUAAACCUUUUUAGAUUCUCUUCAUUACCCACAAUUAUGACAAAACUUCACAUGAGAUUUAGCUCAUCUCUGCUGACUACCAAGUGUCAUAGUAGUACCCACUCACGAGUUAAGUGCCAAUGAACCUAUAUAUAAACACAGAUGGGGAGAGAGAGAGAGAGAGAGAGAGAGAGAGAGAGAGUAAUGCACCGAUGGAGGACAAUAAGCAAGAAGGCAUUUUUAAAAAACAUUCCAAGUUUCUUCAUCGUUGUUUUGUUCUGCUCUCAAUCUUUUCCCUCUUUCCCUCCUACUCUCAGUCUUUCGACUAUGGCGAAGCUCUUUCCAAGAGUCUCCUCUACUUCGAAUCCCAACGCUCCGGCCGGUUACCGCACAACCAACGAGUCUCUUGGCGCCACCAUUCCGGCCUUACUGAUGGUCUUGAACAAGGGGUGGACUUGGUGGGAGGGUACUACGAUGCCGGUGACAAUGUUAAAUUUGGUCUGCCAAUGGCUUUUACUGUAACGAUGCUGUCCUGGAGUGUCCUUGAAUAUGGGGAACAGAUUGCCGGCGCCGGCGAGUAUCUCCACGCGCUGGAGGCGAUCAAGUGGGGGACGGACUAUUUCAUCAAAGCUCACACUCGCCCGAACGUUUUAUGGGCUCAGCAUAUGACUGUUUCUCAGGUGGGUAAUGGCGAUACCGACCACUACUGUUGGCAGCGGCCGGAGGACAUGACAACUUCACGACAAGCUUACAAGGUCGAUGCGAACAAUCCCGGAUCGGAUAUUGUGGGCGAGACGGCAGCAGCAAUGGCAGCAGCUUCAAUUGUGUUUAGGAAAACUAAUCCACAUUAUUCCCACCUACUGAUACAGCACGCCCAACAGUUGUUUGAGUUUGGUGACAAGUAUAGAGGGAAGUAUGAUGAAAGUAUUAAGGUGGCAAAAGGGUAUUAUUCGUCUGUGAGUGGGUACAUGGAUGAGUUGUUGUGGGCAGCUUUGUGGCUAUACAAGGCCACGGACAAAGACGAAUAUUAUUUGAAUUAUGUGUUGGAGAAGGCACAUUCCUUUGGUGGGAUCACUUGGGCCAUGACUGAGUUUAGCUGGGAUGUCAAGUAUGUUGGUGUUCAAAUCAUUGCUUCAAUGUUGCUGAUAGAAAAAAAGCACGAGAAACACAAGCACGUACUGGAACAGUACCGCUCAAUGGCCGAGCACUUUCUAUGCGCCUGCCUAAACAAGAACAACGUGACUAACGUGCAACGCACCCCGGGAGGCCUACUGUACACCCGCCAAUGGAACAACAUGCAAUACGUGUCAACUGCUGCAUUUCUUCUCACACUCUACUCCGAUUAUCUCCGAGCCUCAAAUCAGGAGCUCAACUGCCAUAAUGGAGUGUUGGGCUCACAGGAAUUAUUCUCCUUCGCCAAAUCACAGGUUGAUUACAUCCUGGGUUCUAAUCCAAAGACCUUGAGCUACUUAGUUGGGUACGGCUCCAAUUACCCACAAAGAGUGCACCACAGGGGAGCAUCCAUUGAAUCGUACAAAAGGGAUAAAGGUUUCAUCGGAUGCACUCAGGGAUACGAUAAUUGGUACGGACGACAUGAUCCGAACCCUAACAUCCUCCUGGGGGCCCUAGUUGGUGGGCCAGAUAACAAGGACCAGUUUAAGGAUGAGAGGUCAAACUACAUUCAAACCGAGGCAUGUACCUAUAAUGUUGCUCCUAUAAUUGGAGUUUUUGCCAAACUACAUGGACUAAAGGGUACUGAUCUCUAUGGUGAUCCAAAUCUACUUGCUUCUAGUUCUAGCUAGCUAAAAUGGAUUUAUAAAUUUCUAGGGGUCAGGAAAUUUUGGUAUCAAUUAAUUAGUUGGUUUUGGUGGGUUAAUUAAUUGAGAUGUAGCAGCCCCCUGUAAUUGUAUAACCAUUUUAUGUAUACAGAAAGAAAUACAAACAAAUAUGAAUAAAAUCAAGUGGACUCGCUUUCAUUUUA